UGCUACGUCUGCGACGCACCCGAUAUCAGCCACCCACUGUUGGAGUGGGAAGAGAAGAAGCCACCAAGUGGGGCCCACGUGGGCUCCAUGGCCUGUUCCCAAUCACGAGGCAGAUGAGACGCGUACAACACGCACGGGAUCACAACUGCUCUCAGGAACUGACUUACACCCUCGACGAUGUGUAUGCAUCCGUCCAUUUCAUCUUUCGCCAUUCCAUUGAGAGAGAGAGAGAGAGAGAGAGAGAGAGAGAGAGACAGAUGGGUUGGAAGCGGGAGAAAGAGGAGCCCUCGAGGCGGGGCUUCGGCGAUCUUGUGAACCCUAACCCUGAUCCUAACUCUCGAUUCGCGGCGGGCGAGGAGCGGUGCUCGACGCAGAUGGUGGUGCGAUCGACCUGCCGAACCGAAGAGGUCCAGCCCGGUAGGUUCGUCCGCAAGUGCGAGAAGACCGAACAAACCCUCAAGGAUUGCGUUGGAAGACCUGUCGAAUUAGUUGAAUCAAAAACCGAGCACACCGAAGAUGUUACUGAUGAAGUGACCGGAGGAUUGUUUCCUUCUAACUCGCCAACAAUGGAGCCCUUUAAUUUUCCUGGGCUUCACAGUGACAUUGAAGGUAUUGAAGGGAGAUUGUUUGGUGGUUUUGGUAAUUUCUUGGAGGCAGCUGACGGGAUGGCAAAUGAGUUCUUCAAAUCUUUUGGAGACCCUUGUUGGCAUAGCGUGAGUCGUUGCCUUUUCGUCAAUGGGAAACCGCCGAUGGGCAACCGAAGAAGGAUCCUUGGAAGAGAAGAACAAGCGAGUCAGAUUCUUCUGAAUCCGCUGGGCAGAUGACAGAUGUAUAAAAAUUGCUUAAAGUUUCUCUUCAUAGUGAACCAGUGGUUAUCAGAUGGAUUUAUUGAAGUCUAUUCCGCAUCAGAAGCAAUUUCUGACACUUCGGUUGAUUCAAGUGCGGGUUCCAAAUCACAAAUAUAAGGUUGCAGCACACUUCGUUCUUGAUCCAUAUUGAUGACAAUAUCGUUAAAUAUGGUUCUCUCGUUUUUGUCGUAAUCACCGCUCCCUUAUUUUGGGAGUUAGGGGAGGAAGAGGCGAGGGUGACAAUAGAUGAGGAAGCAACGACACCAAAAGGUGGGGGGCAUUUGUAAAACGAUGAAGGCAUCAUAGAAGUAGAAGAUGACGCGGGGAAUGCGAGGUUGGCGAUGAUGUAGUGGGUCCAACGAAUGAAGAAGUCAAAGACAAUGCAGAGCUUAUCAAGGGAGCGUGGAUCAGAGGACGACGACCGCUUGACAUCUACAUUGACACCGAGCACAUUUGUGAAAUUAUUUUUUUAUUCUUUAUUUUCAUAUUUUCGUUGAUAAAACUGAUAUCAUUAGGAUAAAUAGAUUUAGUUGUUUUACUAACGUAAUUACAUGAAUACUAAUGUACCUUAUUAAAGUAUAAGAUUGGAACGUUAAAUGUAGCUAAUGAUCAAAUCCAUCGAAGACAUCAAUAUCCACAGAUCCAAUACCUAAUCAUCGUUAAUCAUCAAACCAUCGCCUUAACGAUUAGCAGCUUAUAAAACCAUCACCACCAAUUUCACACAAAAAUAAACUGAUCCCCAACAAUUUCAUCAAAUUAAACUUUUUCAACUAAAAUUAAUACCAUCAAACCCAUUUCCAUCUUCUUUUUUGCACAUUUAAUCCGAAUCAUAUAAAUACCAUGUUUGUGAUAUUUUACAUCCAUUUAAUCCUUCAAUGAAAAGAUAGAGAAUAAUAAAUAAUCACCACCACCUGGCCCAGUUCGCUGCAGCCUAACGGAGCAUUGACGGCAAAGUGAAGCAGAGACGGAAACCGUCGAAAUAAUCGUUACACCGUCACCGUUGGCUGACGUUACAGGCGCCGUCAUCAUAAGUCGGCGCCCGGUCGCCGUUGGACGGGCUCCGCCAAAACCCCAUGCCGUGGAACUGCGCCAACAUCUCCCUCUCCAACUCCACCGGCGAUGGCCCAGCCUCCCGGCGAAGCCCAUCCACGUCUCCGUUCGAGUCCUCCUGCGCGUCGGAGGAAGACCCGUCCCCUCCGAAACCGGCCUUCGGCCCCAGCAGCGCCUUCUCCUUCCGCUUCCUGGCCCUCUGCCUCCGCUUCUCCCGAGCCCGCAGCGCCCGGCGGCAGGCCACCGCAGGCAGCCGUACCGCAGUCAGCACCAGGAGGUUCACCACCAAGCAGGGACCCAAGCAGCACACGGCGACGCAGUCCGCCGCCGUGCCCCCGGCCACCUCCGCGCACCGCGGCCCCGGACGCGUCGUCUGCUUCAGGAUCACCGGGUGCCUCCGGUUGGGGGCCACCGGGAUGCCCGCCGCCGACGGGGCGACCCCAGCCCUCGGCGUCACCGGCGGGGACGAGGGCAGAAGCCUGCGAUGCGCGUUAACCCGUGCCAUCCGAUCAAAUCACCGGAGGCUGGCUGUCAUCGUCGGCGAUCCAGAUGUCCUCCUCCUGCUUCCUUGGAGCGAAGAAGGUUCCAGAAUCUGUAGGACGGAACGGGAGGGGGUCGGGUGACCUCCCGGAGGGGACAACGGUGACGGGGUUUGGGCGGUCGGGCUCCAAUUAAAAGGUCAGGCCCGGUCCGGUCAGGAGAUGGGCGAUGCGAGCUAUUGGCCGCGGAACCCGGUCGACCCCCCGUUUCUUAGUCUCUGUCGAUUCGACCCGGUCCCAGAGACGGAUGGAAGCGAGGCGUUGCCUUAAAUGUGUGGCCAUCAAAAUCCAAAUAACCAGCGAAAUAUCUCCGAGUGUGUUGUGGCAUUGUCCAUAUUAGAGGAGAAAUGUGUUCAUAUCUCAGUGGUACAACAAUUUAUGUUUUAUUUUGUA